AUGAUGUCGGCUGACUUGUCCGCUCCUCUCGCGGGAGCGGCCCGCGCCGACAAGCUCAAGCAAAUGGCGCACAACCAUCCUGCGUUCGACAAGGCACGACAUGCGCAGGAGAUGCUGGUGAACGUUCAGCAUGCCAUUCGCAGCGUGGCAGGUUUGUCGGCCACCGAAACCAACGCGCUGGUGUUGCAACUUCAGGAAGUAGGCCAGACAAUCAGCCAGGAGACGGCACAGCUCGUACAGGCGUUGAUGAAUGUCGGCCUUGACCAGGAGGACACAGACAGGGCACUCGCCCGGAUGAGCAUCCAGGCCAACUUUGUCAGUGCCAAGGUUGACGAGCAGGCGCAAACAAUCAAGAGCCUCAGCGCCGAGGUGGUGGCGGAGAAGGAGAAGGCCGACAAGGCGAUGGCCGAGAGCAAGAUUGCGUCCGGCAGGCUCGAAUCGCUCGAGAAAGAGAUCGGCACGCUCCGGGGCAUGCUGGAGAAGCACAAGGCAGCGGACGUUGCCGAGGACAGCGACCUCGUUGAGGUUCGCGAUCCGGCCAUCCGCUUCUCUACCGGAUCACCGCGUGCUAACCGAAGAAUCGAUAAGGUCACGCUGUCGCUCUGCGGGCUGGACACUGAUCCCCAACAGCAAAUGGAGCAGUCCAACCCCCAGGCCGAGCAGUUUCAAGAAGGUGCCCCUCUUACGGAGUCAAGUCCGCUUCUGGCCAGGCCACGACAGGCGCAAGGGUACAGGUUGACUCCAGCGGUAGAGGAGGAGGAGGAAGGGGAGGAAGAAGAAGAGGAGGAGGAUGAAUUGGAGGAGAGGCGAGGCACGGAGGAGAUGGACGACGCGAUGACGGCCCGACCGGUUGUGCCAUCUACCGUCCGGGACCAUGCCGUCUCAAGUUUUCAACCCCUGCAACGGGCGGCCAGCGUGGCACCGCCCAAGUUUGGUCCCCUCCAGGCCGGACCGCCGCGUGCUCCGUCGGCCUUUGCGCAUGAGCGCCGUUUCCAGAGCGGUUGGGGUCACCGGGUGCCUCCGAGCGGGCCUGGCAACGGCAACGGCAACGGCGCCGCCAACCACGGCAGUUCGGCAUUUGGAGCGGCAUUUGGUCCGACGGCCCGCAAGCCGAGUGGCGGUUUCCAGCCUCUGCCUCGUUACCGGCCGGACUUUCACCAGCCUGGAUCUGGCUUUGGGGCGCCUCAGGAUGGCGGACACCAUGCCAGCAGAGUCGGCAGCGCCUUCGCCCACAGACCAUCUUACUAUCCAUCGACGCCGACCUCGGCCGGACGACACGGACGCUUCGGCCGGUUUCCCGACGGGCCGCCGACCGGAGGCGUCGAGUACGGCGGCGCGUCCAUGGCCGUCGUCCCGCGCAACGUCUUCACCGGCCCACCCAUCCACUUGACGGAGCGCGUCAUCGGCGCGUGGAACGAGCAUGUCAUGGAAUUUUACGGCACCAUCCGCUCCUUUGUCGAGCGGUUUGCCAUGGACCCGGAGCAAGGAAUGGUGCUGCACAUCAGCAACACGAGCCUCUGGCCCGUUCUGCUCGCCACCUACCACCCCCUGAGCGAGUCGGAGGCGGCCUCCUACCUCGACUUCCACCUGCGCAACGAAAACUCCAAGGCGUGCGUCGUGACGCGCCUCAUCAUCGACUACGUCGUCAACCGCGUCUGGGUUCCCGGUGCCUGGAUAGGCUCCGACGCCAAGUCCACCUACGAGCUGGCCGACCUGGAGCGCGAGCUUGACGCUGCUCAAGCCCAAUCGUCGGCGGCGCGUCAGCCGCUGCUGAACCAGCAAGCCGCCAUCAUCAGUCACAUCCUCCGCAACGAGCAGGGUACGCUCUGGCACAAGUCCAAGACGGAUGAUAUCGCUCGCGCGCUGCAGACGACGGCUCAGCCGCUCAUGAACAAGCACGCGAACCCCCACGACGCCUUCCGGGCGCUCUCUCACGUCGCCGACGCCGCCUGGGACCUUUCGUCGCGCAUCCUGGCCUCCCGCCUCACCUUUGACUUUCGAUUUCCCGACAUCGGCGCUCGCUUCUCCGCCCAGUCCAUGCUUCCCAUAUGGCCUCCUCUCGACCCCGCCGAGCUCCAGGCGAAGCACUGGCGCGUUGCCCUCGUCACCACCCCGGUCAUCACCUGCCGCAACGAUACCGGGGGCAGCAUCUCGGCCCACUCGGUGGCCCUGGCCGACGUUUUCUGCAUGCAGUAG